GCCAAACGCAGGGAACCUCCCAGGACAGGAAGUUCCUGUUUUUCAGACAAACACGCCUUCAACCUCACAGGUGCCCCCUACAACAGCCCCUAUCUACAAUCUUCGCCCAUCCACCCGAAAGGGCCCAGGACACAGGAGGUUUCUGGCACAAUUAAGAAAUCCAGUGGCUCAGUCUUUUACCAAAGAGGUAAUUCUUCUGCCAGACCAUACAUCUACAAAUGUGCCAAGGCGUGCCAGCAAAGCUUGGCUUUUUGAAAAUGGACAUAUAAAAUCUGCAUUGGAAUUUGGCUGUGACUGGGACUCUGGCAAAGUAAUGCAGGCAAUAACGGCAGCCUUCCAGCCUGUUGUGGAGGGAUGCAGGUUACAAAUCUUGAUGCCAUGCCACAACAGACUAGUUGAGCCAUCCCUCAGCUCCAAUCAGACUUUGAGUGGACGCCUUUUAAAAAAAUUGUUUCAUCAGAAGUCCAUAUAUGUCAGGCCUGACAAGGUCAUUUUAAGUGAGGAGAAAGAAUCUACAUGUUCUGAUGGAGACCAGGCAGGGAGCCUUGAUUUCGCUCAGUCAUCGGACAGUGACAAUUGUGUCACUGGCAGCGUUGGUGACAUUUCCAAAGAAGUUGUCUCUUCUAUCGCCACUGUUGAGGCCCAGUCCCUCUUCAAUGAUUCCCCUUCCAUCUCCAGUGGUGAUCAAGUUAUCUGGUGUGUUGCCACCCAAAAUAUUUGCACCAAUGAACCUUCCAUCUCAGUUGACACCGCCACCAUGUCCACUAGUGCUCCUGUCAUCACUAUUGAUGAGACUCUCACCCUGUCCAGUGGCUCCUCUUCCAUCUCCAGUGGCAACACCCAUGGCUUGCCGAUUGGUCCCACAGCCAAUGCUAGUGGUGACACGCAUUGGUUCUCUGCUCAUAACACCUCUGCUGUGUCCCACGGUCCCACCCAACCCAGCACAUCCUACAGUACAUACCUUGACCUGUUUGAGGAAGAAUACCUCUCUGAUGACCCUGAUCUACAGGAAGCCAUUUCAAGGUCUUUAGAUUCCAGUGCAAGUGAGAGUGAUUUAAAGAAGACUUCAGAGAUAAUAAUGGAGCAGAUUGCUUCUCGAGUAAAUAAUGACAGCACUGUACGCUUCAAUAUCAUAAGAAGAAAUGUGUGGGAUGGAGCAUCCAGAGCCAUGGGCAGAUCCAAUUUUUCACCUGAGAAGAAGGUAGAUGUUAAGUUCACCGAUGACUAUGGAAUAUCUGAGGGUGCUGUAGACAAUGGAGGACCUACUCGGGAGUUUUUCCGACUCUGUCUACAUGAAAUCAAGGACAACAUUGGCAUCUUUGAGGGUCCCCCUAAUGCUAAAGUCCUCACAUGCAACUCCAAAGCGAUGAAAGACAAUGGAUACUUCUACGCUGGCCAGAUCAUGGCAAUGUCAAUUGCCCAUGGGGGGCAGAGUCCAUGUUUCCUGUCUGAACUCUUGUAUGAGUGUCUUCAAAAGGGUCCAGACAACGUAAAGGUCAAAACUGAACACAUUACUGAUGAAGAAACAAGGUCACAGGUGCAGUCGAUCUUAGAGGCUGAGACUGAUUCACAACUGCAGGAGGCAGUUGCACAGGCAGCCAUCUUGAUCAGUCUUGCUGGUCACAAUGUUCGCAUAACACUGGAAAACAAACAAGAGACUGCUUUGGACUUGGCUCACUGGUAUGUCCUCCAGCGAACACGUGCACCUUUUGAAAGGUUCAGAGAUGGGUUAACAUCUCUAGGUGUCCUAGAUGCUAUCCAGAAAUACCCUCUACAAAUAAAGAGCCUUUUUGUGAAGCCCGAAAAGAGUUUAACAGCUGCUGAUGUGGAGAAUCUCCUCCAGAUCUCACACUCUGAAAGAGGGAGUAAUGCAUUCCGAGAAGAGUGCCGGACCCUGGCUUUCUGGCAAGACUAUCUUCAGGAUGCUGAAAUUGAAAAUGAUGUCUCUCUGGAGGAUAUUCUUGUUUUCUUCACUGGAUGUGACAGCAUUCCAGCACUGGGUUUCUCUCCGAAGCCAAGCCUUGAGUUCAUCACCCACUCCCGAUUUCCAGUGGCCAAUACUUGCGAAAAUAUUCUUCGCAUACCAGUUUAUGCAGUAUACACUGAUUUUAAAUCUAACAUGGACUUUGCCAUACGCAAUUCACCAGGAUUUGGAAGAGCGUGAGAGGUAAUGUUAUGGAGGGCUUGUAGAGCUUGAGAUAUAAUGAGGAAGGAAUUGUUUUUUUUUAAGUGCUAGGUUUAUUUCCUUCUGUUAUUCCCUGAGACAAAAACUAAGCAUUUACUGUAGUAAAGACAAGAAAAAUGUACAGUAAAACAAGUAAGUAUGUUCUUUCAUUUGAAGAUAUAUUUCAAGCCAUGUUUUUCUGUUUCAGAUUUAAUAAGGUGCACUAUGUGAACUUUUUUUCAGUUGAUACAUGUGAGGCACUUUUUGUUGCAUUUUUGUCAACCAGUUCUCUAACCUGAAAAACCAUAUGCCCAUAACAGCGUUAGAUUGAUUAGAUUGAUUGAUUACCACAGACAUGGAUAAAAUGAGAUCAUUACAUGAUAAAUGUCCGAAUGGUAAAAAUAAUAAGCACAGUUAUGGUUAAUAGUGCUCAGAUUUGGGGUUGAAGGCUAGAUGUAGCUAAACCACUGUACUUAACUAUGGGUUGUAAAAUAAAAACAGGUUGCUCAAACAACCCAUUAGCAAAUUUUGUACAGGAGAAGAGGCUCACUGUAGCU